AUGAUGUUUCUUUGUUCUUUCAGCGGAAAGAGUGGUUCCAUCACUGAUGUUUUAUGGUUACUCCGUUCUCUUGUUCUGUUGCUUUUUUCCGUGGCCUUUGCGCAAGGGCAAGUUCGUUAUUCUGUUCCAGAGGAGAUGAACAAAGGAUCGCUGGUAGGAAAUAUCAUUCAGGAUCUCAGUUUGGAUGUUAAAAGACUGAAAUAUGGCCGAGCGCGGUUGGUCACGGAGGACAGUCGUGAGUACAUUGGUCUAAAUGUCGAAAAGGGUACUCUUAUGGUGAAGGAGAGAAUAGAUAGAGAGGAGCUGUGUGCUCAGAUCUCUCCAUGUUCUUUACAUUUUCAGCUAAUUUUAGAAAACCCUCUGGAACUACAUCAGAUAGAUGUAGAAAUCACGGAUAUAAAUGAUAACGCUCCGUUUUUCUCGAGGAAAGAAAUCAGCUUUCAAAUAAGCGAAUCAGCUUUCACCGGUGCAAAAUUUUCAUUAGACAGUGCGCAUGAUCCUGAUGUAGGAAGUAAUUCUCUACAAAGAUACACUCUGGAGCCGACAAAUCAUUUUGUUUUAAAAGAUUUUACUGAUCAUAAUGGUUUGAAACAGGUAGAAAUGGUGAUACACGCACCUUUAGAUAGAGAGACUAAAGAAGAGCAUAUAUUAACUUUGAUGGCAUUUGAUGGAGGAAACCCACAAAAGUCUGGCAACGUGAAAGUAGUCGUUACAGUUGUGGAUGCCAAUGAUAAUGCCCCUCUCUUUAGCUCGCCUUUAUAUCAAGUGUCCUUGCUAGAGAAUUCGCCAAAAGGCACACAUGUGACAACAGUGACUGCCAGUGAUAAAGACAAAGGAGCCAACGCUAAGGUGACCUACUCGUUUUCGCAAAGCACAGGAAAGAGUUUGGAUUUGUUUAAUAUUGACUCCGAUACCGGUAAAAUCACAGUUAGAGGUGACAUAGACUUUGAAAAAUCAAAAAAUUUUCAAAUUAAUGUCGAAGCAUCAGACAAAUGGGGAUUAACAGAUUCUUGCAAAGUGGUGAUUGAAAUUAUUGAUGUUAAUGACAAUGCACCAGCCAUAGGUGUAAUUUCAUUUUCGAAUUUAGUGCCUGAAAAUGCCCCUCCUGAGACUGUAAUAGCUAUUUUUAAUGUUAAAGAUGUUGAUUCAGGAAAAAACGGACAUGUGAAAUGUUUAAUAGGUCAGGAUGAGCCCUUUAAAAUCAAACCUACGUCCACCAAUUUUUACAGCUUAGUUACUGCACAAUAUUUAGAUCAUGAAAAAAAAAACCAAUACAAUAUAACAAUCACUGCUGUUGAUGAGGGUUCACCCUUUUUGUCUACAAAUAAAACAUUGGCAAUUAAGAUAACUGAUGUCAACGACAAUGCCCCUGCCUUUCAGCGUCACUCAUACACCGCUUAUGUGGUGGAAAAUAAUUUACCUGCAGUCUCCAUAUUCAAAGUGGCAGCGAUUGACAAUGACUCUGGUAACAAUGCACGUAUUUCAUAUUUUCUAGAGGAACAAUCUGUCAACGGUGUUGCUGCUUCUUCAUAUAUUUCAGUAAAUGCAGAAAGCGGAGAGAUUGUUGCUCUGCGGUCUUUUGAUUACGAGCAAAACAAAGAGUUCAGUAUUUGCGUAAAAGCGCAGGAUGGAGGCAACCCGCCUCUCAGUAGCAACGUGACUGUAAAAAUAACUAUUCAAGACCAGAAUGACAAUGUGCCUCAGAUUCUGUAUCCAGUACAAACUGGUGGCUCUGUUAUGGCUGAAAUGGUACCUCGUUCUGCAGGUGUGGGAUAUCUUGUUACCAAAGUGGUUGCAAUUGACGUGGACUCUGGACAGAAUGCCUGGCUCUCAUAUAAACUGCAGAAAGCGAUGGACAGGUCGCUGUUUGAAGUGGGAUUACACAAUGGAGAAAUAAGAACUGUACGACAGGUCACUGAUAAAGAUGCUGUAAAACAGAAACUGACUGUUGUAGUGGAGGACAACGGUGACCCCUCUCGUUCAGCUACAGUCAAUGUAAACGUGGUGCUGGCAGACAGUUUCCCUGAAGUGCUCUCGGAGUUCACUGACUUUACGCACAACAAUGAAUACAAUGAUCUGACUUUUUAUCUAAUCUUAGCAUUGUCUGUAGUUUCAUUUUUCUUUAUCCUAUCCAUCAUAGCCAUACUAUCAGUCAAAUGUUACAGGUGGAGACAGGAACGAGCAUUUUACAAAACUGGUGCCAAUUUACCAGUUAUUCCGUAUUAUCCAUCCCUGUACUCAGGAGAAACAGGAACUUUACAACGUAUGUAUAAUUAUGAAAAUUAUAGAACAACUGAUUCUAAAAAUAGUGACUUUAAAUGUGCCAGACCUCCAACUAAGAGCAUCAUAAGUCUGGACAUCAGUGGGACACAGACACUGACGCAUGUACAGAAGGACAUACUGUUCAGUAACUCAGAUGAUCAGGUAAGGAGUCAUUUAUAA